AUGCAAUCCAAUCUGGUCCUGAUAGCGGCCGUAUUGGCGCUUGCCAAUGGUCUCCCUUGGACUUCUCGCCCUUCUAAUGACAUCUCCAAAGUCGAUGGCCCGGGUACUGUCUCACUGAAGCAAGUGCGAAACACGAACUUCGUCCGCAGCGGCCCGCUUCAACUGGCCAAGAUCUACCACAAGUACAAGGCGCCUCUCCCGAAUGAUCUCAAAGCAGCAGUGAAGCGAGUUCGAAACAAUCUGAGUAAAAGACCGACUGGCAGCGCUGAGACGAAACCUGAGGAGAACGACGUCGAGUACUUGACUCCAGUGUCGAUCGGUACUCCCCCGCAAGUCCUAAACCUGGAUUUCGACACAGGGUCCAGCGACUUCUGGGUGUUCAGCUCCGAGACUUCCAAGAGCGACGUCAAUGGCCAGACCGUCUACGACCCCGACAAGAGUUCCACGGCGAAGGAGAUGGAGGGCUACUCGUGGCAGAUCUCAUAUGGCGAUGGCAGCUACUCCAGCGGCGAUGUCUACACUGACACGGUCACUGUCGGCGGUCUGACCGUCCCGUCUCAAGCGGUUGAGGUUGCAAGAAGGGUUUCGGACGCGUUCACCGCAGACACCAACAAUGACGGCUUGCUGGGUUUGGCCUCCAGCGCCAUCAACACUGUCGACCCUGUUGCACAAAAAACCUUUUUCGACAAUGUCAAGUCCGAUCUUGAUGCUCCCGUCUUCACGGCUGACCUCAAGGCUGGUACCCCCGGUUACUACAACUUCGGUUUCAUCGACCCGAACGCUUACACUGGCAAUAUCACGUACACGCCAGUCGAUGACAGCCAGGGCUUUUGGGCUUGGACACCGUCAGGCUACGCCAUCGGCUCGGGGCAGUUCAAGAACACGUCGUCGCUGAGCAUUGCGGACACGGGUGCGUCCCUGCUGCUUUUGCCCAGCUCCGUGGCGAAGGCCUACUACGCCCGGGUAGCGGGCGGCCACUACGACUCGACAGCGGGCGGAUACACGCUUCCGUGCAACGGAUCAGCCCCCGACUUUUCCUUUGGCGUUGCCGACGCGGGAGCCAGAAUCACGGUGCCUGGCAAGUACAUCGCGUACGCCCCGACAACUUCGAGUGGGACUAUUUGCUUUGGGGGGAUUCAAUCGGACGAAGGCAUCGGGUUUUCCAUCUAUGGAGACGUUGCGCUCAAGGCUGCCUUUGUCGUGUUUGACGCGGGCAAUCAGCAGCUGGGCUGGGCGGCCAAACCUCUCAACACUUGA